AUGAAUCUUGGAGGAGAUCCGAACGCUCAAGCUUUUGCUAAAAAACUUUUUGGCUAUUUCACUACAUGCCUCCAAGUUAAGCCAUCUGAUGUCAAUCAAAUCGGUGUUUCAAUUGCCAUCCCAACGUUUACGGCUGACGAAUGUGAACAAUUAUGUGACUACGUUAAACCCUAUUUACUCAAUCAACCUGCGAUAAUGGAGCUUACGACUCCAAUCUAUGUUGUUGGAGAUCUCCACGGGAAUAUCUACGAUUUAAUCAGAAUUCUAGUUUUGGCUGAUCUUCCGCCAAGAACAAAAUUCCUCUUUUUAGGUGACUACGUUGACAGAGGACCAUACUCUGUCGAAGUAGUUAUGCUCUUAUUCUGCCUCGUCAUUCUUUUCCCAUCAAAUAUUUAUCUCAUCCGUGGAAAUCAUGAAUUCCGAAAUAUUAACGAUAUGUAUGGCUUUAAAUCACAAGUUCUUGAUAUUUACGGCAUAGAACCUCUAUGGGAACGUUUUAAUAAGGUCUUCGAUUGUUUGCCUUUUGCGGCCAUCAUCAAUGGAACAUAUUUUUGUGUUCAUGGCGGCAUAUCAUCAGCAUUACGUGACCUCACACAGAUUUCUUCUGUUAAAAGGCCCAUUAAUUUCUGUGAUUCUCAAGUUCUCAAAGACAUUCUUUGGUCCGAUCCGAACGAAAGCACAAUGUGGUUUGAGGAAUCCGCUAGAGGUGAUGGUGCCUUAUUUGGCCAUCUCGCAAUCGACGAUUUUCUCAAAAGAUUUAACUUUACAAAACUUCUUAGAGCUCACCAAUGCGUCAAAUUAGGUAUAGAGCGAUUAUUUGGUGAUAAAGGUCUUACAAUCUUCUCCAGCUCUGCUUAUGAUGCAGAUGUUGAUAAUCGCUGUGGUUUAGUAUUCAUUGCCAACGAUGGAAACAUACAGACAUUCUCUUUGCCACCAAUCACACCUAUUCCUCGUGAAAAUGCUUACCUAGAAAAAGGAUCUCUCUUGAAACAUAUGAAAGUCAUGUCAACUUCGAAACUACCAGCUUGCCAGAUUGUUCGAUCAAUCCCGUCUACGUUGCAUUCCAAUACAAGAAGGAAGGCAAAGUCUACAAUUCUGUUUCAUCCUGUCCAAGGUUCGAAGUCUAUGUUCUCGCUAUCUUCUGUCUCUGGAAUUGACGGUAAAGUAAUUUCUAAGACGAAAUCAGAUGCGGGACUUAACGAAUUAGAUCAAAAAUGA